AUGAAACAAGUAGUUCUGGCUUUGGCCCUUUUCGGCAUUGCGGCCUGCGCCCGCUUGGAGAACAAGUACCUCCCAGCUAACCAGGGUGGCAGAGGUUACACCGAAGGAGGAGCCGCCUUCGCCCCUAAACCGUCUGGCCAAUAUGGCGCCCCAUCUGGUCCAGCUGCUGGACAAUUCGGUGGAUCUGGAGCCGGUCAAUACUCCGGAGCUGCUGCUGGUCAAUUCGCUGGUCAACACGGUGAUGCUUCAGGUCAAUACAACGGUGCUGGACAACACGGUGGAGCUUCUGGUCAAUACAACGGUGCUGGACAACAUGGUGGUGCUGCUGGCCCACAUCCUGGUGCUCAAAUCCCCAUCUUGCGUUAUGAAAACAACAACAACGGUGAUGGUACCUACAACUAUUUGUACGAAACUGGGGAUGGCAUCAACGCCCAAGAACAAGGAACCGGUGGCGUAGGCGCAGAAGGUGGCUUCUCCUACACCUCCCCCGAAGGACAACUCAUCCAAAUCACUUACACCGCUGACGAACACGGCUUCCACCCACAAGGCGACCACCUCCCAACUCCACCACCAAUUCCAGAGGAAAUCCUCAAGUCCAUCGAGUUCAACAAGGCCGAAGCCGCCCGCGGUGAAAACCAGGAAGGAGCCUACAACGAAGCCGAACACGGCGAAGGAGCCUACAACGACGGCCCGAAACCCCAAUACGGUGCCCCAGCUGCCCCAGCCGCCGCUAAACCGUUCGGAGGACCAGCUUUCGGUGCCCCAGCUGCCGCCAAACCCUUCGGAGGACCAGCUUUCGGUGCUCCAGCCGCUCCAAGGCCUUUCGGCGCCGCUGGUCCAAAGCCACAGUACGGUGCUCCAGCUCAGCAAGGCCAAGACAACAACGGCGGAUACAGAUACUAAGGAGUGCCAUUUUGUAUUAUAUGACUGUUUGAAUCAAACGGUUUUUAUAAUAACUCUUGUACAUAUGUAUAUUUUUAUAAAUAAA